AUGGCUCAGGCUCGACUGCAAGCCUUGUCGGAGGAGUUCCAGAAACUCCAAGCUGAGCUGCAGACGUCAGUAUCUGCCCGCCAGAAGCUCGAGGCCCAAAAGCAGGAAAACCUCGGCGUGCAACAGGAGUUCGACGGGCUCAAGGAGGGCGAGCGGAUAUAUAAGCUCGUCGGACCCAUUCUGUUACAGCAGGAUAAGUUUGAGGCGGAAGGCACAGUGAAGGGCCGCCUGGAUUUCAUUGAUAAGGAGAUUGACAGGCACGAAACCUCCAUCAAGGACAUUCAGAGCAAACUGGAUAAGAAGAAGGGUGAAAUCAUUCAAAUACAGGCGAGCGCCCAAGGCCAACAGCAACAAGCAAACGCGGCGGCGUGA